CGGGGUGUUCACGGGAGUAAAUUCAAAUAACGGGCGGGAGGAGCAGGAGCUUACAGUCAACCAGCGGGUCCUCUAUAACACACCCCCACACACACAGGGUGAAACAGACCGACAUACACAGGGGUAGGGAGAGAGGCGGAUCAGCUUGAGAGCUGCGGGACCACACACACCCCCCCUUGGCCGGGCGGCAGGCAGGCAGACAGAGACAGAGAGCUGGAGCCGGUGUCGGUGCCGGUGAGCUAGCAUGGCACAGAAUGUGGAUCCCGCCGCCGCCGGCUCGGGAGCGGCCCGGAAAGGCAGCGAAAGCAGCGCUUCCAUCGCCCGGGGUUCAGUCUCCAAGCGAUUACAGCAGGAGCUGAUGACUCUGAUGAUGUCUGGUCACAAAGGGAUCUCUGCUUUCCCCGAAUCAGACAAUCUGUUCCGCUGGAUUGGAACCAUCGAUGGUGCUGCAGGAACGGUUUACGAAGGUUUGCGGUAUAAGCUCUCGCUGGAAUUUCCCAGUGGAUACCCGUACAACCCUCCAACUGUCAAGUUCCUCACUUCCUGCUAUCACCCCAAUGUUGACGGAGAAGGGAAUAUUUGCCUGGAUAUCCUCAAAGACAAAUGGUCUGCACUUUACGAUGUCAGGACAAUCCUGUUGUCAAUUCAAAGUCUGCUGGGAGAACCAAACGUGCAAAGUCCCCUGAAUGUUGCUGCAGCUCAGCUUUGGUCUAACCAGCAAGAAUACAAACUGCGCCUACGUGAAGCAUAUGCUCGGCAGCUGAAGAGUUAAAGUGCGUUCUGCUGUCUGAGCUGCAAUUGUCCUCCUGGUUCCUCCCUGUGUACCUUUUUUUGAAUGUUUGUCUGUCUGUCCAAUUAUGAGAAUGGGCACAUGUUUAUUUUUAAAUUUACCAUGUUAAUAAAGUGCACUGUGGCUGAAGUAUUUUCUAAUAAACACCAUUUAUUGUUUCA